UAUUAUAUGUAUAUACAAUAUACUAUAUCAUAUUAUAUUAUAUUAUUACAAUAGCACAGGAGACAAGGUGAAAUUGUCCCCUGGCCUCUCCUCUCUUCGCUCUGGCCCAGAGGAAAAUAAAUAAAAAGGAAGAGGGGCCAACCAAGGGCAAGAUGGAUAGAUGGUAUCCUUGAAGUGGCUGGCUUGACUCUGAAGGAGCUGGGAGUGGUGACAGCCAACAGGGAGCUCUGGUGUGGGCUGGUCCAUGAGGUCACAGGAGUCGGAAGCGACUGAACGAAUAAACAGCAACAACAUUGUAUUGAAGGAUCUGCUUUCACACACAUAAAGAUGCUCAGAAUUUACCAUUGUAAAUCUAACAUGAAUAUAAAAGAGAUGGAACCGCUCCCUCCCAGAGGAUAUUUGGUGAUAUGUGCUUUUCCUGCAUAGCAGGGGGUUGGACUAGAUGACCUGUGUGGUCUCUUCCAACUCUAUUAUUCCAUUAUUCUAUGUGGUCCUACCAAAGUUGUUAGAUUUUGAUCUAAAAUAAGAGCUUCUAGGCUUUUAAUUCUGGGCACCACAAUUGAAGAGACAAGCUGGAAUGUGUCCAGAGGAGGGCGACUAAAAUGAUCAAGGGUCUGGAGAACAAGCCCUAUGAGGAGCAGCUUAAAGAGCUGGGCAUGUUUAGCCUGAAGAAGAGAAGCCUGAGAGGAGAUAUGAUAGCCAUGUAUAAAUAUGUGAGCGGAAGUCACAGGGAGGAGGGAGCAAGCUUGUUUUCUGCUUCUCUGGAGACUAGGACACGGAAGAAUGGUUUCAAUCUACAAGAAAGGAGAUUCCAUCUGAACAUGAGGAAAAACUUCCUGACUGUGAGAGCUGUUCAACAGUGGAACUCUUUACCCCAGAGUGUGGUGGAGGCUCCUUCUUUGGAAGCUUUUAAACAGAGGCUGGAUGGCCAUCUGUCAGGGGUGAUUUGAAAGCAAUAUUCCUGCUUCUUGGCAGGGGGUUGGACUGGAUAGCCCAUGAGGUCUCUUCCAACUCUUUGAUUCUAUGAUUCUAUGAUAUGUGUGCUCCAACAACUUCCACUGUACUCAUUUAUUAAGAAGGUUUGACCCAAAUACGACUCCCUACAUUUGUUAAGAUUUCAACACUCUUACAAAGUGAUUGCACUUACUUAUCGGGAGAGGCAGCUGGCAGGCAUAAUUUUGUUAUCUCUUCUUGCAGCUGGCUAAAUAAUUAACACUUCCCUUUCUAAUUGUUAGACCUUCUGCUUUACAUGAGCUUUUGCAGACACACACAUUUCAACUGGUCCUUCUAAGCACAAUGACAGACAACCCUUUCACCUCUGUACUUUUUCCAUCAGCUGUUUUAAGGGACAUCUGAGAAAACCAUUCUGGAUCAGGCUUCAGAAAAGGAAUCAACGAAGUACAGGAGGAAGCAGAAGAUGUAUUUCCAUUACGUCAUCUGUCUCUGGAUUCCUCUUUCUCUCGGUGACUACAAAAUACAUUAUGCUUGUCAAAAAAACUGCUUUUGUAAAGAUGGGGCAAGGUUUGUGAACUGUUCAGGAGUCAAUGUAAGUUAUAAUGUCAUGUUCCCUUCCGAGGCUGAGCACUUGGACCUGUCAAAUAGCAAUUUGCAUUCUGUUCCAUGGAAAGGUCUAAGACACCUAUGGAAACUACAAAUUCUUCUCUUGAGCGGAAACUACAUCUGCAACAUUGAAGACGGGGCAUUCGUCUCCCUGGAAAGACUCCAUAGGCUUGAUAUUUGUAGGAAUGAGAUUUCAUUCCUUGGAAACGGUUUCUCAGUGGGGCUCAUGUCUCUCCACGAACUCAUUUUAGCCUAUAAUAGGCUGCAGGACUUGCAGUACAAGAGCUUCCAGCACUUUGAAAAUCUCCAGAAGCUCAAUCUGCAAAAUAAUAAUAUAUCUUCAAUCGAAACAGGUGCUUUCCGCAGUCUCACUCGCCUGAGACACCUUUUUCUUCAGAACAAUCGCCUUCAUGCCUUGCACAACGGUGUUUUUUCCAUGCUUCAACACUUGGAAGUUUUGAAUUUGGAGGGCAACGUUAUCAAAACCAUUGCUCCUGGUGUGUUUACUUCUUUAAGCAGCCUCACUGUACUUAACUUGGUCCACAAUAAAAUCGAGCAUAUUCGAUUCAAAACAUUGUUAUCUCUGCAGACACCUGGGACUCACAUCUUGCUGUCAAACAAUCCGUGGUUCUGUGACUGUGACCUUCAAAGAGUUUUUGCAAAACUGCACAGUGUCAGGAGGCUGAUCUUGGACGACUACCACAAUGUGACAUGCAAGGAGCCCCAUAUUCUGAGCAACCUCCCUCUUUCCUCUGUGGAUACACAGUUGUGUAUUGCUGAGACUGUCACCGUCCUUGUAAUAACUUUUACGGUUUUUGUUACUGUGGUAGCUGCCAUUGUCAUGGCCGAAAGAAACAGGAAGAAAAGGACAGGCAAACACUGGAGUGAAGACAGUGAGAUCUCCUAUGAUGCUCAUAACUAACCUAAUUCUAGAUGUGUGGUUGAAGGCACUCUUAGGUUAGGGUAAGAGUUUUUC